UCCCAGGUGAGAGGUGAGCAGCUCGAACUGUUUUCUUUUUGCUGGGUUGCAAUUCUCAGACUCGUACAGACAAGUUGGUUGUGUAUUGUGCACAGUUCUUAAAUACUUUUCUCUUUGGUCCAAGCCAAAUCAUGCAGUAGUAACUAACGGUACUAUGAUUUUAUAAAAUUUCAGCCAACAAAAUGUGCAGUUAUGCAAAUAUCACUUGUUAGUCCCAGUUCAUAAUCAAAUCACAGUACUGCAUGCUAAUGCACUACUACUAUAAACCGCAGCAUUAUCACUUAAAACUUUUGGUGAAAGAACUGUUUUAUCAGCCUAUGGUUGAAUAUUUAUAUUUUACAUCUUGCCAUCACUGGGAGCUCUUCAUAUUCAAGCAUUUAUUUUCUAACAUGUUCCAUCUCUUUCUGCACUAGUGUUGCAUAUCCUUGCAUCAUACAGUUAGCUAGUAUGAAUUUUUCUGAGUGUAUUUUUUUAUUGUAUUGAGUUCCACUUCUCAAGGACUUGGCUGAAUUAUACAAUUUUCAUGUACUUGUGGAGUUUUGGUUGUACAGUUGUCGCGAGAGCAAGAGAUUGCUCGUGAAGUCCUGUAAUCAGAUAAUGCUGAUGGCGAAGACGGUGGUGAGAUGGAUGAUGCCUUAUCUGCACCUGCGCCUGCUUAUCUCCAUUUCCAUUAGUUGGAUAUGUUUCUUGUGGCUUGAGCAUAGCCGAGGAUCUUGUAUCUGUGAAGGAAUGCAUAAAGCAGUUCUUGGUCAGGCUGCCGAUCUGCCAAUUCAUCGUGCCGAGGAACCUGAAUCUCCUAGCCAUACCUCUGUCAGUCUCACAGGAAAAGAGAAGAGCAGCCGUAAGCACGACCGUGUAGAUUGGACAAGAGAAGAACAGCCACAAAAAUGCUCCAAGUUGGUCUCAGUCGAGCCAAGGAGAGUGUAGUCUGAACCGAAGCGUGCAAUCGUCUGGGUGUAGUCAUCAAUAAAAUGUAAAACACUGAUAUGGUAUCAUAUGUAAUGCUGAUGGUGGUGGGUUUUGUUAACCAGGAACCUCUUCUGUGUAUUUUU